AUAUUAGGGUAUAAGAAUGCGUCUCGCUGGAAGAGUUGCACUUUUGCCUUCUACCACAACUAUCGCAAGUCUGGGAACUUGUUGGUUACAUAUUUGUUCCUCCAGUCUAUAUCUCUUAUAACUUCAGCGCGAGUCGCUUGUCUUAAUAUCUACAACCCUUCUUCACGCUCCUUUUAAUACCACUCCUUUUCGAUAUGCCGGUCAUGCGCUCUCUUCUUGUCUUCCUGCCCGCCGCCGCUAUGACGUUGAUGCUUAGCACGCCUUUCGCAGUGCAGCAUGCCCUGGCCAAACCAAUCGCAAUGCCAUCUUCACCAGGGGUCUUUGGCGGUUUUGCGAAUAUCGCUGGCAGAACGGACAGGUUAUCCACAUCUAAGCAUCUAGCUUCCCAUACUACAGCCAUGCCAGCCAAGUCCUCGAAGGCGCCAUCACGGAUAACGGCAGGGCACGCAGAACGUAAAGUCGCCAGGAGUGUUCCACACGUGCCACGUGAACCGUCUGCUAAUGCUCAUGGAAGCUCGAACGCUCUGCGCAGAUAUCACCGUCAGGCCUUGCAGCAUGCCGCAAACUAUCACAACCUGGCCUCAAAUGCAACGUCUGCGUCCGCUUCCGAUCCCGCAUUCCAACAGCAGGCGUCAACAGAGCUCUCUGGAUUCAACACCAACUUUGCGGGCUUCACUUCUGUUCUAGCAGAGCUUGGCGGUGACGACGGGGAGACCUUGCUAGAGAGCAUCAUCAACGCCAACAAGGACAUCCUCACGGUUACUUACAACCUUGUCGUCUCGUUGCCCAUCGUCGGUCCGAUCUUGGGUCCCAUCGUAUACGAUCUCAAAUGUACUCUGGAUGACCUACUGGACAUCGUCGAGAAUCUGACCGAUGCUAUCGUCAACGCGAUUCAACCCCUCCUUCAGGCUGUUCUCGGCAAGGCUGUUACGGCGACAUGCGCGUCUGGCGUCCAGGUUGUAGGUCUUUGCAUAUAACAUCGGGUUAGACUCGAUUUCUUCUAUAACCACAGACUAUAUAUCUAUAGAACCCACGCUUCUAUUAGAGCGCGCGUACGAAUUUGUUUUGUACUUACCUUGCCACUGUAUUAUCACGGACUUCCUCAUGCUUUUUAAACUAUCUAUGCUGUUCGCUCGACUACCUCCU